CUAGCUUAGAAUGCAGUUUUUUUGCUUUCUACUCGUCCUUAUUUAUUUUUUUAAUCCUUGCCAGGGCCAACUGGUGGAGAACUAUAACUUUACCCUGCCUAAGGGCUUUGCCAGAUCUGUGAUAAACAUGGACGAGUUACUUCAUUUGGAAGACGAUCUAGCUUUCAACUUGGAGCAAUACGUGGAAGCCCUGUCCCAGAAAGCCAACACUAUACGGAUGGGAAUCCAAGAGAUGACGACCAGAUACGAAGAGAGAAUAGAGCCUGAACUAAAUCCCGCUUGGAACCCCUUCAAUUCUUACUCCCUCAUCCGACACAUGCAGGCGGACUGGAUGAUGUGGCAGCUGUAUAUGGAGAAGCCUGCGGGUCAGGAGAAUCUUGAUUCACUCAACUCUAAGAUGCUGGAGCUGCCGGAGCACAGUGACUUGAAAGAUGCUGCUGAAGGAAUCCGGAGGGCUCAAAAAAUAUACAAUAUGUCAGCCAGUGAUGUAGCUAAAGGAUUGCUUGAUGGUGUACAGUACAAUGCCUCGCUAACAGCUCGAGACUGUCUGGAAAUGGGCCGUUAUCUCAUGAAUCAAACGCGCUGGAUCAAGGCCAAGGAGUGGAUUACAGCUGGUAUGCAGGCAUUGACACGGAUAGAUGACCAUCAGCCGGAGCUGCAAGAGUUAACGGGAACCAGCAAAGUGGAACUGCUCACGACUCUGGGCCAAGUUCUGGUCAAGUUGAAUAUGUCAGAGGCAGCCUUGCAAGCCUAUCAAGCUGCCUUGAAGGAAUCUCCCUACGAUGCCAAGUUAUUGCAGGAGUUUCGCCUGGCGGAGACGGAGCUUCUAACUAGGCCAGCGAUCCAUGAUUCCAGUCAGGAUGAUAUUCCGGAUGCGCAUGACUUGCCCAACUGCUGCAGCGGGCGCUGUGAGUUACCAAGGAAGCUCCGGCUCUACUGCCUGUACAAUACCACGGCUUCCUCCUUCUUGCGACUUGCUCCCAUCAAAAUGGAGAUACUCUCCCUCGAUCCGUAUAUCGUGCUCUUCCAUGACGUUGUUUCUCCCAGGAAAAUGCAACGAAUUCGUGCGGAAACCAAGCCGUACCUAAUUCCGUCCACUACCUACAACCCCCAUUUGAACGCCUACAGAGUUAUCAAUUCCCGCACAUCCAAGUCGGUGUGGCUGGAGUGGGACAUGAACAAUGACACUAAGGAGCUCACGAUCAUGUUGGAAGAUGCCACUUCACUGAACAUAAACAGCUCGGAGAUGUUCCAGGUGAUGAACUAUGGCGUGGGUGGUCUCUUCAACAUCCAUGCGGACUCCCUACUAACGGACGAGGAACGUUUCAUUGGCCCCGCUGACAGAAUAGCCACCGCACUAUUCUACCUGAGCGAUGUCCCGCAAGGCGGAGGAACUGUCUUCCCAUAUCUGAACCUCACCGUCUUUCCACAAGCUGGCUCGGUUCUAUUCUGGUACAAUCUGGAUACGAGGGGCAAUGAGGAUCUAUCUACCAUACACGGGGGAUGUCCCGUCAUCGUUGGCUCCAAAUGGGUCAUGAGCAAGUGGAUUUACGAUAUGGGACAGGAGUUUAGGAAGCCCUGCUAUGAUUUAGGCACUCCUCAAAACAAAGACUUUGGGACUUUUUAAUUUAUUGCUUUCAUUGUCAAUUUCUUUUAAAUAAAAUAUUAAAUUA